CGACAGGGCUCUCGCGGGGGCUGCUGGGGCGUGGGCGUCGGUGACGCGCAGGGGUGCGCGCAGCCGUAAGGACGCGCUUCUCCAGUCGCGCGCCGGGACCCAGACUUUCGAGUGGGAACGGUAGACGCGCGAGGGAGGAACCCGUGGAGCAUGAAGAGGCAGGGGGCCUCCUCGGAGCGGAAACGGGCGCGGAUACCCUCCGGGAAGGCCGGGGCAGCAAAUGGAUUUCUCAUGGAAGUGUGUGUUGAUUCAGUGGAGUCAGCUGUAAAUGCAGAAAGAGGAGGUGCCGGUCGCAUUGAAUUAUGUUCUGGCUUAUUGGAAGGAGGAACCACACCCAGCAUGGGUGUCCUUCAAGUAGUGAAACAGUAUGUCCAGAUCCCAGUUUUUGUGAUGAUUCGGCCCCGUGGAGGUGAUUUUUUAUAUUCAGAUCGUGAAGUUGAGGUGAUGAAGGCUGACAUUCGUCUUGCUAAGCUUUAUGGUGCUGAUGGUUUGGUAUUUGGGGCAUUGACUGAAGAUGGACACAUUGACAAAGAACUGUGCAUGUCCCUUGUGGCCAUUUGCCGUCCUCUGCCAGUCACUUUCCACCGAGCCUUUGACAUGGUUCAUGAUCCAAUGGCAGCUCUAGAGACCCUCCUAACUUUGGGAUUUGAACGAGUAUUGACCAGUGGAUGUGACAGUUCGGCACUAGAAGGGCUACCCCUAAUAAAGCGACUUAUAGAACAGGCAAAAGGCAGGAUUGUGGUAAUGCCAGGGGGUGGCAUAACAGACAGAAAUCUACAAAGGAUCCUCGAGGGUUCAGGUGCUACUGAAUUCCACUGUUCUGCUCGGUCGGCUAGAGAUUCAGGAAUGAAGUUUCGAAAUUCCUCGGUUGCUAUGGGAGCCUCUCUUUCUAGCUCAGAAUAUUCUCUAAAGGUAGCAGAUGUGACCAAAGUAAGGACUUUGAAUGCUAUUGCAAAGAAUAUUCUGGUUUAGCCAGACCUCUGAGAGACACGGACAUCACAGGACAAAGGUAGAAGAGUAGUCUACAAUUCUCUGUGACCCAGCUUUAACCUUCUCUGGACAGGACAGUCACAGUCUUUAAGUUUCAUACUACCAUGGAGAAUGUUUCCAAGAAGGAAAAGAACUUGAAACAGAGCACAGUCACUUCCUUUGCUUAAUUUUGCCAGUCAUCUUUGUCAUCGUGAUUAAAAUCUGGUCUACACUUCUUGCACAGACAGAGGCAUAGUCUGUUUUCAGUGGAAUUAAUUAAUGAACUGGAAAAAUUCAACUGCAAGGUAUGAAUUCAGAUGUGACUUCAUGGUCAACUCAAUAGCAGUAUUUUGCCUUUUUAUUUAAAAUAAAAAUUGCCAUUCUAUUAUG